AUGAAAGCUGAGCUGAUAUUGAAGUUACCUGAGUCCUUGGUUCUGAAGCGAUGGACAUUGGAUGUGGGGAAGCCAGUGAACUUUCAUAAUUUGUCUGACAGGAAUUCGCAAAUGGUAAGAACUCAUCAAAUCCAAAGCCCACAAUGUAUCUACAAGCUCUUCACCCAGAAAGCAUUCCAUAAUGCACAUUCAAACCCACAGACUCCUCUUUCUGCUCUCAUUUCUGCUAUAAGCUCCUGCCCUUCUGUCUCCUACUGCCGUGCCAUUCACGCAUGUGUGAUCAAGUCUUACAGUUACAGUGAUGGGUUCAUUGGCGAUCAGCUGGUUUCGUGUUAUGCUAAGAUGGGUUCUGCUGAAGAUGCACUCAACCUGUUUGAUGAAAUGCCCAAGAGGGACUUGGUCUCCUGGAAUUCUUUGAUUUCCGGGUUUUCGCCAAGAGGGUAUGUUGAGAAAUGCUUGAAUGCUUUAUUUAGGAUGAGGUUUGAAGUGGGAAUAGAACCCAAUGAGGUUACGCUUAUAUCUGUUGUCUCAGCUUGUGCUAGCAGAGGAGCUGUUGAUGAAGGUAUGCACAUUCAUGGACUUGCACUGAAAUUGGGUUUGUUGUGGGAACCAAAGCUUGUGAAUUCUCUGAUCAAUCUGUAUGGAAAGUCGGGGUAUUUGGAUGCAGUUUGUCGAUUGAUUGAAACUAUGCCGAUGCAGAAUGUAGUGUCAUGGAAUCUAAUGAUUGCAAUUCACGCUCAAAAUGGAUCUGCGGCAGAGGGAUUGAAUUGCUUUAAUCUCAUGAGAAGGGCCGGUGUUUAUCCUGCUGAUGGUACUGUGGUGUCCUUGCUUCAGGUUUGCGAGAAUUUAGAAUUAGGGAAACUAGCAGAGGGUGUCCAUGGUGUAAUCAUCAAAUGUGGUCUUAGUGCAAAUGUCAGAGUUGCAACCGGAGUUCUAGAUUUGUAUGCGAAGUUGGGGAGGUUAGAUUAUUCACUUGAGGUUUUCAAGGAGUUAAUCAAUCCGGACAAAGUAGCUUGGACUGCAAUGCUUGCAGGUUAUGCUACACAUGGAUAUGGACAAGAAGCUGUGGAGAUCUUUGAAAACAUGGUUAGGAAAGGUGUACAGCCUGAUCAUGUCACCUUCACUCAUUUGUUAAGUGCUUGUAGCCAUUCAGGACUUGUCAAGGAAGGGAGAAAUUACUUCAACAUUAUGUCAGAAGUCUAUGGAGUCGAGCCUAGGUUGGAUCACUAUUCAUGCAUGGUUGAUCUUCUGGGUCGCUCUGGGCUUCUGAAUGAUGCUUACGAGCUGAUUAAACAAAUGCCAAUGGAGCCAAACUCUGGCGUAUGGGGGGCUAUUUUUGGUGCUUGUAGAAUGUAUGGUAACAUUGAGCUUGGGAAGGAAGUUGCAGAGAGGUUAUUUGCUUUAGAGCCAUCCGACUCCAGAAACUAUAUCAUGCUAUCAAAUAUGUACUCUGCAGCUGGUUUAUGGAGGGACGCUUCGCAAGUGAGGGCUGUGAUGAAGGAGAAAGGUCUGGCGAGAACCCCAGGAUGCAGUUUUAUUGAGUAUAGAAAUGAAAUUCAUCGGUUUGUUGUGGGCGAUCAGUCUCACCCCGAGUCGGUGAGGAUAUAUGCCAAGCUGGAAGAAGUGAUUGGAAAGAUUCGGAAGGCUGGAUUUGUGUCUCAAACAGAAUUUAUUCUACAUGAUGUUGAAGAGGCAGUGAAAGAAGAUAUGAUCAGUGAGCACAGUGAAAAAUUGGCCAUUGCAUUUGGCCUUUUGGUGAUUAAUGCUGGCAUGCCAAUAAUUAUUACCAAGAACCUUCGAAUUUGUGGCGAUUGUCAUGGCGCUGCAAAGUUCAUAUCAUUGAUUGAGAAGCGAACUAUCAUAAUUCGAGAUUCUAAGCGGUUCCAUCAUUUCACUAAUGGUGUAUGCACUUGUGGAGAUUAUUGGUAA